ACAGCUGGGACAGGUGACAAGCUUCAAAAGAAGAUUAAAGACCAUCUAAAGCACAUUUUACAUGAGCUUGAAAAAAGAAUACAUGGAUUCAUAAAACAAGAGCUUGAAAUCUACAUGACACAUCUAAUGAAAAGGAACAUAAAAAAUAAUGAUGUGGAGAAAGACACUUGGAAUUUGAAACAGGGAGUUCUGAAUAUGACACAGUACUUCCUGAAGAAAAUGAACCAUGAAGAUCUUGCUGAGGCUCUACAAAAAGAACUGACUGGAAUUCAAGAGCAUGCACUCAAAUGUAAACUGAGUGAAAAGUGUCGGCAUGUUUGUGAAGGAAUUGCACAUCAAGGAGAGUCUACCAUCCUGAAUAAGAUCUACACAGACCUGUACAUUACUGAAGGUGCUGCUGGACAGGUAAACAAACAACAUGAAGUGAGACUUAUCCAAAAAAACAAUGUAAAAGCAGAUGCAGGUCAGCUUCAGCAAGAUGUACAGAUCGAAUGCAAGAACAUGUUUGAACCUUUACCUGAACAAGACAGGCCAAUCAGAACUGUUCUGACACAGGGAGUUGCAGGAAUUGGAAAAUCAAUAUGUGUGCAGAAGUUCAUUUUGGACUGGGCCGAAGAAAAAGAAUACAAGGACAUCCAGUUCACAUUUCCACUUCCUUUCCGGGAAUUGAACUUGAAGAAAGGACGUCAGAGUUUGAUGGACAUCAUCUGUUUUUUCUUCCCAGAGACAGAAGGGCUAAGAUUAACUGAUCAGCACAAUGUCAUGUUCAUUCUUGAUGGACUGGAUGAAUGCCAACUUCCUUUGGCAUUCCAGAAAAAUGACAGUAUAAAUAAUGUCUCUGAAGCAGCUCCACUGGAUGUUGUACUAACAAACCUCAUCAAGGGAAAUCUGCUCCCCUCAGCUCAGAUCUGGAUAACCACUAGACCAGCAGCAGCCAAUAGAAUCCCUGCAGAGUGUGUUCACCGAAUGACAGAGCUGCGUGGCUUCAAUGAUCAGCAGAAGGAGCAAUACUUUAGAAAGAGAAUCAGUGAUCAGGUUAUGGCCAACAAAAUAAUUGACCACAUUAGAGAAUCUAGGAGCCUGUACAUCAUGUGCCAUAUCCCAGUCUUCUGUUGGAUCUCGGCCACUGUGCUUAAAAAAAUUCUGGAAGAAACAGAGAGUGAGGAAACCCCAAAGACACUGACGAACAUGUACACAUGCUUUCUGAUCUUUCAGGCAGUGCAGGGAAAUGUGAAAUACACAGGAAAGAAUGACUUUGACAUCCCGUGGGACAAAGAGGCCAUUCUGACACUAGGAAAACUGUCUUUUCAACAUUUGGAAGAAAGCAAUCUGAUCUUCUAUAUAGAAGAUCUAGAAGAAUGUGGAAUUGACCCCAGUAAGAUACUGACAUGCUCAGGACUGUGCACUCAGGAGACUGUUAGAUUUCUCGGUACAGUUUUCAGCUUUGUUCAUCUAAGCAUUCAGGAGUUCCUUGCUGCUGUGUUUGCAUACUUAUCACUCAGAAAUGACAACAGGAAUGUUUUUAAACCACAGUCCACAUCACAGGAGAGCAAAACUACAGAGCUCAUUGAUUUUCUCAAGACUGCAGUAGACAAGGCUUUGGAGAGUGACCAUGGCCAUCUGGACCUCUUCCUUCGCUUCCUUCUGGGUCUCUCACUAGAGUCUAAUGAGAAGCUCAUCCGAGGUCUGUUGACUCAGACAGGAAGUAGUUCUGACUGCAGAAAGGAAAUAGUCGAGUACAUCAAGAUAAAGUUUAAGGAAAAUCCCUCUCCAGAGAGAUCCAUCAAUCUGUUCUACUGUCUGAACGAGUUAAACGAUGAUUCUCUUGUGAAAGAGAUUCAAAGUUACAUGAAUUCAGGAAGUCUCUCUGAAGCUAAACUCUCACCUGCUCAGUGGUCAGCUCUGGUCUUUGUGCUGCUGACAUCUAAAGAGAAGCUGGAUGAGUUUAAUCUAAAGAAGUUCAUCAGAUCCGAGGAGUGUCUUACCAGACUGUUACCAGUGGUUAAAGAAGCCAAAACUGCUCUGCUCAGUGACUGUAACUUGACAAAGAGAAGCUGUUCAGCUCUGCUCAACGUUCUCAGCUCAGAACCCUCUACACUGACUCUGCUGGAUCUGAGCAACAAUCCUAUACAGGACACUGGAGUAGAGCUUCUCUCUGAAGGACUGAGAAGUUCAAACUGUAAACUGGAGACACUGAAGAACAACGAUGAUGAUCUAACAGAAGAAAGCUGUUGUGCUUUAGCUCCAAUUCUCACCUCAUCCUCUCUGGUAGAACUUGACCUGAGCAAUAACAACCUGCAGGAUUCAGGAGUGUUGAAGCUCUGCACAGCUCUGGAAAAUCCUCAGUGUAAACUGGAGACUCUGAGGCUUUCAUAUUGUUGUGUAAAGGAGGAUGGCUAUGAAGCUCUGGCUUCAGCUCUGAGCUCAAAUGCCUCUUCACGUUUAGUAGAGCUGGAUCUCAGAGGGAAUGACCCUGGAGACAAAGGAGUGGAGCGGCUUGUUGACUUAUUUGUGAAACAGUAUUGCAAUCAGAAAAAACUAAGGCUGCUGAAAAGUGAUGCUGCAGAGGAAGCCUGCACUCAUCUUAAACGCAUUCUGGACGAAGACCCCUUAGUGCAGAGAAAGUUGGAUAUGAGUAACAUUGACCCAAAUAAGAUAACAGUGAAGCAGAUGUCUGAUCUACUGGAGGAUCCACAUUGCAGACUAAGGAAACUCACCCAGGGAACGGCUCUGUCGUUAAGCACCUGGAGCAACCAGCUUGUGUUCAGCACCCGGAGCGUCCGGCUCUCUCAUUCAGUGACCGGAGCGAGUGGCUCUUGUUCAGCGCCCGGAGCGACCGGCUCUCUCAUUCAGCACCCGGAGCGUCCGGCUCUCUCAUUCAGCACCCGGAGCGUCCGGCUCUCUCAUUCAGCACCCGGAGUGACCGGCUCUCUCAUUCAGCGACCGGACCGAGUGGCUCUCAUUCAGCGACUGGACCGAGUGGCUCUCAUUCAGCGACCGGACCGAGUGGCUCUCAUUCAGCAACCGGAGCGACCGGCUCUCUCAUUCAGCACCCGGAGCGACCGGCUCUCUUGUUCAGCACCCAGAGCAACCGGCUCUCAUUCAGCACCCGGAGCGACCAGCUCUCAUUUAGCGCCCGGAGCGACCAGCUCUUUCGUUCAACGCCUGGAGCGACCGGCUAUCUCAUUCAACGCCUGGAGCGACCGGCUCUCAUUCAGCACCCGGAGCAACCAGCUCUCUUGUUCAGUGCUGCCAAAAAAUCUCAAAUUGCAGAAAAUUCCUAAAAACAGGUAG